AUGAAGACCUCUCACCUCAUCUGUGGAGCGAUCUUCACGGCUACCAUUACGGUGGUUGCCUUGCCAGCAGCAGAAGAAUACACUUCUCAGCAUGUCCUUGGUUGUUCUGGCGGGGAAGGCAUCCAGAGACUCAAAUUCACAGGCGGCGACAAACUUUACGACAUGUUCGUACCAGCAACCUCCACUUCCUAUACCAUUGCAGGUUCCACACCAGAUACAAAAUGUGUGGACAAUUCUGCUCUGGGAGGCCCAUGCGUGAGCUGUGAUGUGCACGUAGAUUACGUUCAGUUAAUGUCAGACGGCCAGUGUGAGAUCACAAUCACUAAGGACGACGGCAGCAGAAUUGAACACUAUGAUUUGUAUGGUACACAACGACUCGGCUUUGGUACUCCUGGCCGUCCUGUCAAGAUCAGUUGCGCUCCAUACGAAGAAAAACGCAGCUACAACCAUGUUGACGAGGCUGCUGACAAGGCUACUGAGUGCAUGAUCCCAGAUGAUUCGAACGUGACUUUCACUUCUGGUAGCUCGACUUAUCUCUUACCGGUGCCUCCGAACAAGAGCUCCCUAAAUUUGGGUGAUGGUGGCGCUUCGCCUUGCACGGGUCCUUUGGAAAUUGAACCCUCUCGGUGCUCGCUCUGCGACUUUGUCGCCGACAGUAUCCAAGUUACGGAGUCAGCCGGCAUCUGUGCUUUCCACCUCUCAAGCUACAACCACGCUCUUCGUGUCGACCACAAAUCUAGUCGUCUAGCACUGACUGCACCUGGCCGGGUCCUGAGCGUCCAGUGUGGUCUCUCCAAGGACGACUUCGUGCCACCUGCCUUGAGCUUCGCCGACCUCCUCGACUCGGACGAUUCUGCUCGUGAUCCAAAACCCCCUACGGGUGUCGAGACCAUUGACAGCGCAAGUCAUGGCCGAGCGAAGGUCACAGCACGAAUGCUGCCUACGGGCAUCCUCGAAUCAAGGGUUGUCGAUUCUGCAGAUACAACAUGGUAUAAUACUGCAAUCGCGACACAUGAUGGGAGCAUGUACUUCCUAGCAGCACCCAACGACUCACGGACUCGUUUUCUCGCGGACUUGACCUGUAUUCCACUCUCGAGUGGAGACGUCGGACCCGUGCCAUGCAAUACCAUCGGACUGGCGACCAGUGUGAACACGAAAAUCAAGACUGGACCAUGCGGCUUCGUUACAGAGGGCGGCAAUACAUAUGUCGCACCAUAUCUGGAACAGUCUACCAACGACAACUCGCAGAUGACUCCGAAGAUACCAUUUAGGAAUCCCAGCCAAAUUGUCAGUGUGCGCUGUGGAUAA